UGAGCAAAUUCGGACGCCAUUCUACUUCCUGUUUGGGCGGGAUUAGUUUUGUAAACUCGCAUACAAUGUGAACUGCAGCAGACCGUCAACACUGCAUAUCAGAGGAGAACCAGACAUAAAUAACACAAUGGCUGCAGAUUCAACAGAGAACAUCCUGACUGAAAACGAUGAUGAUAUUCUCAGUCCUAAUGACCUGUCAGAAGUGUUGGCUGCUGGAACCAAGGAAUCUCACGACAAAGCCGAGAAUUCGCCAUUUGUCAAGGACUUCCUGAGGGGCCGAAUCAAACGAGAACUUUUUAAGCUUGGCACAACUGCCCUGUACUAUGUUUAUUCUGCCAUUGAGGAAGAGAUUGAGAAGAAUAAGGACCAUCCCAUGUUUGCCCCACUAUAUUUCCCCUCUGAGCUUCACCGGCAAGAUGCCUUGGCUAAAGACCUGGAGUAUCUUUACGGUGAAGACUGGGAGAGCAAGAUCUCCUGCUCGGCGGCCACGAGGCCCUACGUAGACCGCAUUCACGAGGUGGGUCGCACCGACCCAGUUCUUUUGGUUGCACACUCUUGGACCCGCUACAUGGGUGACCUAUCAGGAGGCCAGAUUCUAAAGAAAGUGGCUCAGCGGGCCCUGAAACUGCCCCCUACUGGUGAGGGAUUGAACUUCUACCAUUUUGAGGGCAUCCACAACCCCACGGCCUUCAAGAGGCUGUACCGCAGUCGGAUGAACGAGCUGGAAGUGGAUGCUGAGACCAAAGACAAGCUGCUAAACGAAGCCAACCUGGCUUUUAAAUUUAAUUUGGACGUGUUCACAGAGUUGCAGGAGAUUGGGAAAGACAUAAAGGAGGAAGUGCAGGACAUUGGCUUCCCUGCACAUGGGGAUAUGGGUGGAGACAUCAGUAAAUGUCCCUAUUAUGCAGCCAAAAUGGCGGUGAGCGGAAACACAGCCUACGCAUGUCAGUUCGCCAAGAUGCUGCUUCGACAAUCAACAGUACAGGUGAUUCUGGCCACAUGGGUUGCUGCUGUUGCCGGAUUGGCUGCCUGGUAUCUCAUGUGAUCACCUUUGCCCGAGUCAACCAAUCAGAAAUGAAAACUGGAAACUGCUUGGCUUCAAAGUGAAAAUCUUUCACUCGCUAGGAUAUAAAUGUUUAAAGACCUUAACUAGACCCUCAGUCUAUACAACAUAUUUGUAUUAAAUACAAUGCAAGUUUUUAGUCAUACUGAGAGAGGGAAAAUGAAGUUCUUUAUCCUGUUUUCACUCUUAGUCGAGAGUGUUCGCACACUUUUAAGGGCAUGCAAGAAGUAAAGGCAUUGAAGUUGCUUAAAAUGAAACAUUUUAACUGUAUCUUUGCUGUUGCACAUUUUCAUUGAAAAUAUAUUCAGGUACAUCACUGUGGUGCAGUGAAUGAUUCAUAAGAAUGAUGUCUGACCAGAUUUCUAGGUCCAUGUUUUCCCAAAUCAUGAAAAUGCAGAGGAGACUUAGACUCAGCUUUAUUGUCCCAUUUAGGGAAACUGAUUGCAGCAAGAACACUAACCACAUCCAUGUACACAUCAAACAAACCACUACUUCCACAAAAUCAAUAAAAUUGUUCAAAAUGCACAUUAAAA